AUUGCUGAGCUUGGUAUCUGUCCUACUGUUGACCCAUUAGAUUCUACAUCUCUCAUGUUUUCGCCACACAUUCUGGGAGAAGAACACUACAACACUGCUCGUGGUGUUCAAAAGGUUCUUCAAAACUAUAAGAAUCUUCAGGAUAUCAUUGCCAUUUUGGGGAUGGAUGAACUUAGUAAAGAUGACAAGUUGACUGUUUCUCGUGCACGAAAGAUUCAAAGGUUCUUGAGCCAACCGUUCCAUGUUGCUGAAGUUUUCACCAGAGCCCCAGGAACGUAUGUAGAGCUGAAAGAGAGUAUUACCAGUUUCCAGGGAGUAUUGGAUGUAAAAUACGAUGAACUUCCUGAUCAAUCAUUUUACAUGGUUGGUGGCAUUUAA